CCACUGAAAUUCCCAAAUUUUCACAAGAACCCCCAAUAUUCUUCUGGUGUGUCCGUACGACGCUGAAUCGGAUCCUCUCUCACUCGGGCAAGCAGAAGAAGAGUUUUUGAUUCUCCACGGAGGAGGAAGACAGAGAUGGGGGCUGGGCGGGAAGUGAGCAUAUCGCUCGACGGUGUCAGGGACAAGAACCUGAUGCAGCUCAAGAAGCUCAACACGGUUCUGUUCCCGGUUCGAUACAACGACAAGUACUACGCCGACGCUCUCGUUUCUGGCGAAUUCACCAAGCUUGCAUAUUACAGUGACAUUUGUGUCGGAGCUAUUGCCUGCCGGCUGGAGAGGAAAGAAGGCGGAGGCUUGUGUGUUUACAUAAUGACAUUGGGUGUCCUCGCUCCAUAUCGCGGGCUUGGAGUUGGUUCGAGGCUUUUGAACCAUGUUCUUGAACUGUGCUCGAAGCAAAACAUCUCGGAGAUAUACUUGCACGUGCAGACAAACAACGAAGAUGCAAUCAAGUUCUACAAGAAAUUCGGGUUUGAGAUAAGGGAUACCAUUCGGAAUUAUUACAUCAAUAUCGAGCCACCGGACUGCUAUGUCGUCUCGAAGUCUCUCGACCAGCCUCAAGUGAAGAAAUGAUCAAAGAUCCAUCGAUUCUACGAUUUGGGGAAAUCCAGUAUUUGCUUUUGUUCUUCUCAUUUUCUCUCUUGCAUUGAUCGGAUUUCCCAUGUUGAGGUCGGAUUGCUGAGUUUUUUUGUUACAUGUCCCAAUGACCCAAAAAUUUUCGUUUUUAUUCGAAACCUGAACCCUCCGUUUCAAGUAGAAGAUUUAUAAAUUUGUAGUCUACAUUGCCA